AUGGUGAGCCGAUGUGCUAGUCCUUCGCCUGCGUUUGCUCUCCACGAGCCUCACGCGCCGAUUAUCACUCGUCCCAUAACUGGAGCCACUGUAAACAUCGGAUGCCGAGAGCUAUUAGAAUUGGAAGUGAAUGGUAAUCCCACACCAACAGUAGAAUGGUACCAUGACGGAAAACUUGUUGCACAAAGUCGAACACUUCGAACUUAUUUCGAUGGACGAGUCGCUUUUCUUAAGAUUUACAGAGCACAAAUGGAGCAUGCCGGACUUUAUGUGUGCAAGGUCUCCAAUAGACUGGGAACCGUGGAAACAAGUGCCUAUUUGAGAGUUGAAGACGAAUUUUCUACCCAUGUUACUAAAAUGCCACAAUUUAUAAGAAAGCUGGAAGAUAUCGCAGUUGAAGAG